AUGUUUAAUGCUCAGUCAUUAUUAGUCUCAAGUUUUUGGUUGUCGUUGCUAUUAUUUUAUUUGAGAUUUUUCUAUGUUCAUAGAAAAACAUUCAAAUUUGCUUGGAACAAUAAAGGUUUUUUUUUACCGGUUUUGCCUGUAGUUGGUACUACGUGGACUGCUUUAGUCAUCGGGAAAAAACCGGACUUAAUAACCCUUGGUAGUUGGCUCUAUAAGCACGUAGGAGCACCAAUAAAUACCUGGAUCGGCCAUGAAUAUCAUUAUGUAACAUUAAAUGCUGAUGAACUUAAGAUUAUUCUAAGCCAUCCGAAAUGUUUAAACAAAUCCAGAUUAUAUAAUGAUCUACAAAACUUUUAUGGAAAAAAUAGCCUUGCUUUUCUUGCACAGGAAGAAUGGAAAGCACGUAGAAAACAUUUCCUAAAAGGAUUCAAGCCGAUUAUUUUGAAAGGCUUUAUGGGCACUUUUUAUGGCUACAGUUGCGAAUUGGCAGAAGAACUUAAAGGAUUAAAUGGCGCUUUAGUAUCAUAUGAACACAUGCACAAAUUCGUCUUCACUACUUUUUGUGCAACUGCCAUGGGACUUGAUAUUAAAAAAUUUGCUGACGAGCUAAUAGAAUUUGGAAAUUUAAGAGAAAAAAUUGAACAAGCUAUAGGUGCAAAAGUCGUAAGUCCAUUUAUUCCAUAUUCAAUAUGGAUAAAUUUCUUUCCAAGUGGCAGAAGAACUGCUGAGUAUAUGGAAAGAAGCAAAGUUAUCAUUGAAAAAAUUAUUCGAGAACGAAAAAUUGAGUUAGAAAAAAAUCAAGAGUAUGUGGCAAAUAAUAACGAAGUACCUUUAUUAGACUUGAUCCUCAGCUACAACCAAGAAAUUAUGACUGAUGAACAAACUUAUCAAGAAAUGGUUUUAUUUGCUAGUGCAGCUAUUGAAACCAGUUCCUAUGUAUUAUACUUCGGUUUUAUUAUUUUGGCAAUGCAUCCAGAUAUCCAGGAAAUUCUUUAUAACGAAGUUAUAAGAGAAAUAGGAGAUCAAGAAAUUUCAGCUAAAAAUAUUGCUCGCCUAAAAUACACCGAAGCAACUAUUUGUGAAGUAAUGAGGCUUGUACCAAGUGUGCCUUUUAUAGCACGAAUUAUAGGAGAUGACAUAGAUAUAGGUGGUAAAGUUAUUCCUAAAGGAGCGAAUAUUUUAGUGAAUAUUUACCUUCUCCACAGGGUCGCCGAAUACUGGGAGAAUCCAGAAAAAUUCGAUCCAGCAAGAUUUUUACCAGAAAAUCUAGACAAAAUUAAACCAUUUAGUUACAUGCCAUUUUCUCAAGGACCUAGAGAUUGCAUAGGAAAACAGCACGCAAUGACGCUACUGAAAAUAACCUUUGCAAACAUGAUAAGGAACUUCAAGAUGCUCACAAAACAUAAAUCUGUUGAUGAAUUCGAUCUAAGUUCAUCGAUUACAAUAUAUUCAACACAUCCUCUGGAUCUACAUUUUGCUACCAGAACGAAAUCUUGAUAUCGCAAGAAUAUUUUUGAAUGAAAAUAACUCGGAAAAUAAUGAUUUGAAGACCCAAAUUUUAGAACCAUUGUAUUAAAAAAUACUUAUAAAUAAAUUAGUUUUUUGAGUGUGUUGUAGUUUUCUACUUGUCCAACCCGCUUUCUGCUUCUCCAAAACAGUAGUAGUAGAAAGAAGAAAUUUACCCAUAGCUCCUGUACUAAAUAUUACCAUGGCAAUUUUUUACCAGGAAUGCAGAUGUGGUGCAACUCUAGGCCUAUAGUAAUAUCACAGCAUAUACAAAAACAAUCAGCAGGCUAACUUGAGUGACAUCCCGUGUAAUAAAGGAAU